AUGCGUCGAUUUGCAAAGUGUGUGGAAGACUAUCGAAGAACAAGCAAAAAUGUCGACAGUGCAGACGCAGAAAAACCACCAGCUGAUAAUGAAGUGCGAAUCAGCCAUAGCAAAAUACCUGUCUAUGUGGAUGCUUGUCUCAAACUACUGCAAAAGGAUGCCAAGCAACACAUUGUAGUAGUGGGAAAAGGGCAGUUUGUUAACAAGGCAGUGACAGUAAUAGAAAUGGUGAAGAGAAAGAUGCAAGGCACGUUGCAUCAAUAUACCCAGUUGGGUAGUGUGUCAGUCGUUGAACAAUGGGAUGCUACCAAUGACGACAAGUUGGACAGUGUUCAAGUAAGCAAGAAAGUGCCUGUCAUUAUUAUCUAUCUAUCAGUGGAUGAAAUGCCUGAACUAGAGGCCACAUCUGGCCACCAAGCACCUACUGGGCCUGAUAUCUUUUAA